AUGGCAUCAAAUCAGUCACAAGUCCAACAACAGUCUUCGACUCAUAUGAUGAAGACAACGAGGUCCGGAAGGCCGUUUGUUAAGGACAUCCAUGAUUUGUAUUCUACGCUGGUCGUUUCUUUACCUAUGGAAACUCAUCGAAAUCUAUUUCGAAGUUAUUCCAACUCAUUCACAACCGAGGAGGCAAUAGCUAAUCUGGGUUCCUUAAAAUUUACACAAUCACACCGAAUACCAGAUCCGAAAGACCCUUCGCGCAUAAUAACGACCACAACCACCACAACUUUUAGUAUGACGAAAGAUAUGGCAAAAAGUGUGUGUCAAACUUUUAUGGACGCCAGGCUAUUCGAAAACCUCGCCGACUCGGGCAGUCGAACCUUCAAGGACAAAAAUUUCUAUGGUCUAACACCGAAAGGUCUGUACGUACUGGAACGUUUUGUCUCCAGGAACUGCAUCUCGGCUCCGCACUUGUCAAGAUUAUUUGCUCCGCAAUCUAUCCCCAUCAAAUUGUACUAUGUGGAAAGAAACUCGGAGAAUGAUUCUAUCGUCCUUAAUAGGCAAAACGUGGAAUCAAUAUUCCAGAGAUUUGCUGGUGAGAGACCGAACUAUGUCAUCUUCAAGGACGACGGUGUCGAAAAGGACGUCCACUCUGACGAACUUCCGGGCUCGUCUAAUGAGCUCAAUCGUAGCCUUGGAAUUGGGCUCAAAGAUCGUUCGCUCAACCAUAGAUUGCUUCGUUAUACAUUUUCCGGCGCGGCUGCCACUGAUUGGCUGUGCGACUUCUCAACGUUGAUCACCAGAGAAGAAGCCGUGAAGGUGGGAACCGAGUUUGUUCGCUACGGUUUGAUAGAACCGUUGCUGGAUAAAUCCAGCGAUUCCCGAAGGAAAUCCGACAAAUCGGAUUCACCAGCGUUCAAACAUUCCAAGUCUACUUAUUAUCGUAUUUCGGAGAGCGGAGCUAAGCUCGCCAUGUGGGAUUAUGGUGUUAUUGGUCAAACUAAUUCAAACGGCACCCACGCGGAUGGAGGUAAUGAAAGGAGUAUGGGAUUAAGAGAGAUGCUGAGUUACCAUAACAUCAGAAACAGAGGUAAUUCCUCACGGACCCGAGAGAAGCAAAGUUUUGAAGAUGGUGAUGGUGGUCGUUCGUCCGCCGCGGACUCCGAGAUGCCGGGCAUUCCUGAAAAACACCUCAAGCGUCAAAAAUCACGACGUAGCUCGAUGAGCGACAAGGAUAUGAGCAAUCACCUUACCUCAAAAGAGUCCAACACCAAAAAACUUCAACAGAUUAUGGAUGAUCAAAAUCUAUGUCUCCUCUUUAUGGAAUUUUUGAAAGCCAAUUUUUGCGAAGAAAAUUUAUUGUUCUUGUUAGACGUUAAAACAUUUAAAAUGAGGUACAAUACGAACACGAGCGAAAAUGGUGAGCCCCUAAACCUUCAGGAACAAGAAAAUCUCGUUUCUGACGCCUUCCGAAUUUACAAUACCUAUUUGGCCCCCGCGUCUCCCAACGAACUUAACAUCGAUCACGGAUUGAGACAACACAUGAUUCAGUACAUGACGUCAAUUGUAACCGCUAACAAAAACCCAAACACCGAUGACGACGUUGAGUUCAACACGAUAACGGGACACCUGUACGACAAGAUAGAAGAAACUAUUUUCCGACUUUUGGCCUCGGAUUCGGUACCCAAAUUCAUCAAGACGGAGAAGUAUCUGGCAUCGUUUCAUGUACGUAAAUCUGGCAGCAUUGCAGGGGACGAGGGUAGCAUUCGCUCGCAUAAAUCUAGCUCUUCUACCUCUGCCAACGAAGAUCACCAUAGAACGAUAGCAAAUGAGGUGUAA